UAUGGCAAUAGACAGCUGAAAGCCUGAAAGCAUUUCUCCCACGAAGGUGACACCCCUUCAUGGCGCCAUUAAUGGACAUUGAAUUCUGAAGGAAGAUGAUGCAAAAGAGAAAACAUUAAAAAAAUAAAAAUAAAUAAAUCUUAAAAAAUAAGAAAAUGAAAUAAACGACCAAAAAUUGAAAGCUUGGAACCUGGUAGACCAGCUGUGACUGUCGGCGAAUAUCUAAGCACACCCAUAAGCACCCCUCUUCUCUCAUUCUCUCUCUAAACUCUUCCAUUGACCUUGUGUUUGAGUUUGUGUUAGGCAUUGUUUUGUUCUUCAGUUUGGCAUCAAAGAUUGAAACUUACAAUAUUUUUCAUUGGAGUUUGCAAAAAACAUCAUCAUGGGUAUGCUAUUAUUGCCCAUUGGUGUUGUCUUGGUACUUGUGGUGAGGGACUAUUGAAUGAAGCUGCAUACCCUGAUGGUGUUUUGGUCACAGAUGAUUCUAAUCUAUUGCAGAAGCAAUGUAGAACAAGCUUGUUGCAGCUCUGUGCAUAAGAAUGAAUCGUUUUGAUUUGGAAAUGGUUUGAUUUUGCUGCAAAAAGUGAGGAUUUUGAGAAGUUUGAAGUGUGAGAUUGGUUGCUAGCUUCGGUGGUGUUCUUCUUUUUUGUUUGUGGUUUUUUUGUUUGGGUUUUGAGGAAUUAGAGAUUGGUGGAUUGAGAGCAAUGGAGUCUAGGAUGGAUCAGUAUGAGAUCAUGGAGCAGAUCGGUCGUGGAGCUUUUGGAGCUGCUAUUCUUGUUAAUCAUAAGGCUGAGAGGAAGAAAUAUGUGCUGAAAAAAAUCAGGCUUGCCAGGCAGACUGAAAGAUGCAGAAGAUCUGCUCAUCAAGAGAUGGCUCUUAUUGCUAGAAUCCAGCACCCUUACAUUGUGGAAUUCAAGGAGGCAUGGGUUGAGAAGGGUUGCUAUGUCUGUAUUGUCACUGGAUACUGUGAAGGUGGAGACAUGGCUGAAUUGAUGAAAAAACAAAAUGGUGCUUACUUUCCUGAGGAGAAACUCUGCAAAUGGUUCACUCAAUUACUGUUGGCAGUGGAAUACCUGCAUUCAAAUUAUGUUUUACAUCGUGACCUAAAGUGUUCCAACAUCUUUCUUACCAAGGAUCAGGAUAUUCGCCUUGGGGAUUUUGGGCUUGCUAAGACACUCAAAGCAGAUGAUUUGGCUUCCUCAGUGGUAGGAACUCCAAAUUAUAUGUGUCCUGAACUGCUUGCAGAUAUUCCGUAUGGAUUCAAAUCCGACAUUUGGUCACUGGGGUGUUGUAUAUACGAGAUGGCUGCUCAUCGCCAUGCUUUUAAAGCCUUUGAUAUGGCAGGAUUGAUAAGCAAGAUAAACCGUUCCUCUAUUGGUCCUUUGCCUCCUUGUUACUCCCCUGCAUUGAAAAUACUGAUAAAGGGCAUGCUGAGAAAAAGUCCUGAGCAUCGUCCAACAGCAUCUGAGGUGUUAAAGCACCCUUAUUUGCAACCUUAUGUUGAUCAAUAUCGUCCAUCUUUCAGUCCUCCAACAUCAUUUUCUCCUGAAAAACCAAUUAAUGUUACUGUUCGCCAAAAGAAGAUGGCUGAAAGUCAAAACAGUAGUGGUUCAAGCAGUGACAAAGAUAGUUUGAUGUCAAAUGAUAGAAACAUUGCAACAGCAAUGCCAAAGUGUGAUAACAAGGCCACAGAGAUGGAUAUUCCCUCAAUUGAUGAUGAUGAUGAUGAUGCUGAUGGCUCAGAGCAUCUCCCUCCCAGUGAGGAAGAAAAUGGCUCUAGCAAUGGCAAUACGAAAACAACAGAACAUGAGGUCAUGAAACCAUCUCAUAAUGAACAGUGUUCUAAUGUUGAAUCUAGACAGCAGCCAAAAACAAUCAGAAAUAUCAUGAUGGCACUGAAGGAAGGAAAAGUUAGAGAUGCAACUUCUCCAAUGCGAGGAAGUCGUGUAAAGAGUGGUGGUGUAUCAACACAGAAAAUAAAUCCAGAAACAUUGUCUAACUCUAAACUGCCUAAACCAACUUUUAUUGCUCCUAGUUUGAAGGCUAAUUUAGAGUCACCAAAUGUUGCACUUGCAAAACCAACCCCGGAUUCAUCAAAACGAAUACCGGGAUCACACCAUUUAAAGCAUCAGUUACUGAUGACAGAACCCUCACCUAAAGUUAAACCAAGACAUGAUUUGACUCCACCAUCUGGUCUUAUCAAACAAGUAGAAGGAGACGGGGCUCCUCCCAGGCCAAGACAAAGGACUCCCCCAAGCUUACUUCGACGUCCUUCGUUUCCGGGGAGAAUGAGGCUGGCUGGGCAUGAUGUUCCAAAUGCAGUUAAUGAUUCUGCGAAGCUAAGUCCGAGUAAAAUAGAACAGGAGCCUGAGAUGAGCCAUUUUCAGUUUAACAAUGGCGAUGUUCGACAUAUUUCUAGACAGAUUACUAGGGAACCUCAGAAGGCUUUUGAAAGAAGUUCCAAAGGAAUGCAAACAGACAGCAGUAAUUCUGCCUCAUCUUCAGUUUCUAUUCAAGGAUAUGAACAUGCUGAUGAUGCUACAACUUUUGUUGACUUGAGAGAGCAGAUGCAUCCUGAUCACGAAAGCGUAGCUGUAACCCACAUUGUAGGUCCGGAAUCAUGUCCUGACAGAAGGCGACCGACAACAGGUUCACGGUGUAAGAUGGUUGAAGAAGUGUCUGAGGAAACCUGUGAAGUCAACCUGAAUUUUCAGAAUACUAUUAGUCAUAAUGAGAAAGUGAGUUCAAGUUUAACUCUUGAUCACCCUGUUGAAAAUUCUACAAUAAUGUAUGCUUCAGAAGAUAGUCUUACCAGAAAUCAGACAACUACAUCUUCUGCUUAUGGGUGUGAUAAUAGAUCUCUAGAACCCCCUUCUGAAGCCGCCAAAGGAAUCAAAGAUCUUCAAGAUACUUCUAAAGAAAUAUCUUUGACCAAGUCUGUUAAACAUCCACCCGCAAUUGCUGGAGAAAGGUCAGUUUGUGAAGAAGUUGGUCCAGUGAGUAAACUCAACAUUAGUCCUGAUAUAGUUAAUCAACAAAACCUUGCUUGUAAGUCCACUGGUCAUGACAAAUUCACAGUGAGAGAGAGACUGUCAUCGGUGACUGAAACUGCCCCUCUGAUUACGACUACUCAAAUAACAAGCCAGAAAGCUUUGCAAGAGAAAGAAACUGUCUUGACGAAUCCAGCACCAGAAAAACCAGAUACUGGACAUCUUCCUACAGCCUUUGAUGAAGUCAUCCAUGUGAUACGCCACAGUAGUUACCGUGUUGGGAGUGAGCAGACAGUAAAGGAAUCUGUGGAGAUGGGAGCUCAAAAUGUAGAUCUUGGUAAAUAUAUCAAUAUUGCGAGGGAUGAUGUAGAAAUGAGAAACAUAAGCUCUCCUUUGACCCUUAAAUCUUCAAAUUCCUCUGAAGCUGCAAGCUUGAAAUCAAGUAUUUCUGAUCAAUUGGAAAUGAGAAACAUGAGUACCCCUCCUACCAUCAAACCUUCAAGUUUAUCUGAUGCUUCAAGCUUGAAAUCAAGCAUUUCUGAUCACCCUGGUCUUAAGGAACCAGAUGUGAGUGACCUUGUUUCUUUAGUUUCAGAACCUGAUUCCCCUGAGCUUAGUAAAUGCAUCACUCCCACAACUGAAGACAAACCACCACUGGCGAAGGAAACAAUGGACGUGAAAUCUUUCAGGCAGCGAGCGGAGGCACUUGAAGAGCUCUUAGAAUUUUCUGCAGAGUUGCUGCAGCAAGAAAGAUUGGAAGAACUUAAAGUUGUCCUAAAGCCCUUUGGGAAAGACAAGGUCUCCCCAAGGGAGACAGCCAUUUGGUUAGCCAGGAGUCUUAAGGGAAUGAUGUCUGAGGAAAGUGGGGGAAGAAGUUCAUGAGGUAUCUUUAUUCUUACCUGAUGACUUUGCUUGUAUUUGAUGCUUAAAAUUUGCUUUAAUAGUUCAUAGCUAUUCAAGUACCACUUGAUUUUUUAUUCUGCUUCUUUCAUUAUUGUAAUUCUUUCUGUACUUUUAUGCUGCUGUAAAUAGUGACCAUACAAAUUAAUAACAUCAAAUAACGAUCAAUUGUAUUGUA